AUGGACGCUGUGGCAUCCACAUCACGACCCAAGAGCCACGACCACAUCUUCGAGAUCGCAACCUUUCCGUGGCGGCGUUACAGCAGUCCAUCCUUCUCUGGGGCCGACAGCGAUAACACUGGAGCACCAACGUCGCGGACGAAAGCGAGGUCAAUACGCAAGCCGCGCGACGUCGGUGGCUUUCGAUGGUUCAACGACAAGUCCGUGGACUUCGCUGUAUCGCCGGGGUCACGGCGUAGCUACGCUGCAAAACGUGCAAUAGCUGUCCCGAGAGCGCCGCCAUCGCAGCCCAGUCGAAUUUCUCCCCGUGGAGAACAGCCAGAGCCCAACGAGAGCUCUUUUCGAGACAAAGGAGGGCAGGCCCUUGAGAUACAGGAGCUCAAGCGCGCUCUCGCAAAUAUGAAGGACGAGAAGCAAAAAGUCGAACAGAGCAUUGCAGCAGCACGCACAGAGACGGAGAGGAUCAAGCGAACGGCACAAGAAGAGAAUCAAAAAGCUAGGCGGACGGCACAGGAAGAGAUUCAAGAAGCUAAGCGGACGGCACAGGAAGAGAUUCAAGAAGCUACGUGGACGGCACAGCAGGAGAUUGAAAGGACUAAGGACGUGCUUGAUGGUCUCGACAAGAGACAGAGCGACUUGAAGUCCCUAGACAAACAGCUUGAGGCGAAACAGCUGCGACUUCGGCAAAAGGAAUCGGAAAUCGACACUACCCUGGCGGAGGGACGGAAGGGCGCCCAAGUCACGGCGGAUCGGCAAGCGGAGGAACGCUUGAGGAACCACUGGGCAGCUGUCCACAAGGAGCAGAAGGCUGUUCAUAAAAUGAAGCUGCUCCGCGAAAGACAACAGCAAGAGUCGCACAAGUUCUCUGAGAAUUCCAUGGCCGAUAGGAUGCGGCAUCUCAAGGCGCAGAUGGAGCGCUAUCAGCAAGACAUGAAUCAAAUUGAAGAGCGAGAACAUCAAAGGGCCUUGACGGAUGCUCUGCUUCGGAAGGAAACUGGUCGAUCUAAUUACGAUGCUUACCACGCAGUCUGGUCCAACGUGCGGGACUCUCUGACACGUCAACGUCAGGUGCGCAUGCUUUUGGGGGAUAUCUUGGCGCAAAUGAGGCGCAUCUACGCUCAAUGGGAAGAUGUUGAGAACCAGUUCGUGGUUGGUAGACCAGAACACCUACAUAAAAACUACCCAGAACUGGCUGGCCAUCUUGAGCAGUACUUUACACUCGGGCGAAAUCGCGCUCGGGAACUUUUCGAAUCUUACGACCAGGACUGCAAUCGCUUGCAUUACCUUGAUGACGAGCUAUGGAUUCGUGGACAUAUGCAUCGCACACUCGCCAAAUAUCAUCGAUUUGAGGACGCACCAAACGACAGCGAUGCGAUAGCCCUGCUCCACGAUUAUGACCAUAACGAGGUUGGCAACACGAUGUCCAGGAAGCAGCGGGAGCUCAAGGUUCUCAGCGACCGCAGAGCCACCACUCAGUCGUCGCAAAGAAAAGAAGACCUGACACACGAAAUUCAAUCCACGGCGGAUGCCUUAGACUUCUCUGCAAAUCUAAUGACAUAUCUUGCAAAGGCCAAGAGCGUACAACGCUUGACUGCCCUCAAGCAUGUCGCGCUACACGAGAAAGCAUUGUUCUUUGACCUGAUGCCUGCACGUGAAGCGAUGAGGGUCGUCAUUCGCCGCAUGAACGAUCUCAUACAAAAGAAACCCACCGACCCUGAAGGCAGUCGCUCGGCAUCCGAUGCUUACAGAGACCUCGACAAGCGCCGGGCUGCACUGAAGCACGAAAUCGACGAGGUCAUACCGAUCCUACGACGAAAGCAUCUUCUCGAGGCACAUCUCGAUCAAAGCGCUGCCGACGGGCGCGCACUCGACCGCGAAUUCGACACUAUGAUCAAGCGCGAGUCGGAAGUCGCCAAUGAAGUGCUCCUCGGCAUGACGCGACGGCGCCGAGCGAGUAUGCGUCGUAUCCCAAGCACACAUCGGGAACAACGGCAGAUGAUCAGUGAAGAACGCGAGCGUCAGCGGAAGAUUGCAGCGCCCGAACGACCUCGAUCUGUCGGUGCGCGUUCCUCUGGACCACUCGGACAGCUGGAGGCGCAUCUAGAGGAGCUGAACAAACAGAUUGCAGCAAGCCUGCCAGGCAGCGAAGCUCGCAAAAUCCUACAAGCGGAACGCGACCGGACCAAACUUGCAUAUCAGAAGCUUCAUCGCGACAAGCUGGUGGUGAAGCGGGCUGACGCGACGUCCGCCGCAGCGAGGGCGAAGCAUGACUACGAGGUCAAACGACAGGAAGCGGCGAUAGCAAAUUCGGAGAAAGCUUUGGCUAGAACAGCGCACCAGGUAGAGAAUGGACAGUCAGAGCAGUCUGCGAGCGAUGAGUCAGCUGGUCGUACAGAGACAGAGGACCAAGGCCAGAAGCCUACUGUCAGCACCAAGCCGUCCAGCAGCUUCCGCAGAAUAGCGACAUCGCGCCGGGAGCUGAGAGCGGCUCGAAGGAAAGCCAAACAACCGACAAAGCAGGCUAGCCAUUACCUUUUACCUCAAGCUGGGCAGGGUCAUCGACAUCUGAACCUUCAGCCCACUCGGCCGCUCCAGCAAGUGCAUGUGUUCAUGGCGCGGCUCCAUCAGGAGGAUCAGUGGGCAGCCCCUCCUGCGCAGGGUACUAUGAGCAUCGCUGAGUUGGCAGACAAUCUACGGUCUACCGGAGUGAGCGAUGUGGAUUCAGAUGCCUCUUAUGAGCACGGCCAUGUGCAAUCAAAGGACCAUCCAUAUGAUGCCGACCAUGACCUCCUAGCCGACGCGGAGAAUCUACCGUCCGACGAUGAGAUUGCCUCGACUCUUCGCCUCUCAGACGACGAAAAGCUCUUACCAGCCGACGACGAGAUGAAUCUCUCUGACAGAGCGGAAUCUUUGCCAUCAGCCAUGUCCGACAUGGAACGGGAGAGCAGCGCCCAGCCCGCUUCUGAUACCAGCAGCAUCAUCGACAAGAACAUGGAGUCACACGAAGGCGGACGGUCCGCUCCAGUUCCCAGCACUCCACUCGACAAGCACUUUGAACCUUCUUACCGCAUAUCACCUGAGGACUACCGCAAAGCUGCCAUUGCUUCUCCAAGCACCAAUGCCGCCUUCUGGUCGUACAAGCUUUACAAAAAUGAAAGAGGGCAGAACCCGACAGUCCAUUACUGCACCACGUACGAACAAGCUGAGACCCAGGCGAAACAUUUUCUCGACGAAUCUGUGCUGGGCUUUGAUUUGGAAUGGGAGAUGAACGCUUGGCCCUUCCGGGCCAGCACCAAAGAUUGCAUUUCACUCAUCCAAAUCUCGUCCGAACACAGGAUUGGUCUGUUUCAGCUGGCGUUGUUCAAGGGCGAGACAGCGGAGGAGCUUCUGCCUCCGACUCUUCGCACUAUUCUGGAGUCCAAGAGCAUAGCCAAAACCGGCGUCAAUGUUGCUGGCGAUGCUAAACGCCUCGAGCAAUGCCUCAAAGUGCGCAUUGGUGGUUACUUUGAACUCAGCCAUCUCUACAAGGUUGUCAAGUUCUCGGAGAACCAGCCAAGAAUGGUCAAUCGCACGCUGAAGAAUCUUGCUGCUCAGGUUCAAGAGAUUUUGCUGCUGCCUUUGUACAAAGGUCAGGUGCGCACGAGCGCUUGGAGCAGGAAGCUGAAGCCUGAUCAGCUUGAGUACGCGGCGUCGGAUGCCUAUGCUGGCUUCCAACUCUACCAAGCGCUGGAGGCGAAGCGGAAGAAGAUGGAUCCCAUGCCACCAAGACCAGGGCUGUGGGAGGAUGACGAGCCGUUGGCGUUGGGCAACGGGGAGAAGAUCACAGCGCAGCCGUACGCAGCGAAGCCAUCCGCAGCGAAGAAGACGACAGUUGCAGCAAAGAAGAAGCCAGUCACCGUCGAUGACGAUGACGAUGAUGACGAGUUUUUCGAGGCAAUGGAAAGCUACGACACCCAUGAUGUCGGCCCUUCUGUCACCGCAGGUGUGCCGUUGGCUGGGAUCCGCGUUACGUACCCGUCACUACCGACCUUGGACUCCUUUGAAGAAAAAGAGACCGCCGAGCCCAAGCAGAGCAAAGCAGCCAAGCCCUCCUCUCGAUCCGCACUCCCAUCCUCACCCGAGGUAGACCUCGCCCAACAAUGGACCGGCGCCUGGAUGUCCUCCCUCGCACCCGGCGUCAAAUGCAGGCCCUCCCAGCUCCGCGCCUACCACCUCUGGCAUCAUCAAAACUUCAACUGCCGCGAAGUCGCCCGACUGCUGCGCAAGCCUCCGCUCAGCGAGACCACGGUGGUGAAUUAUGUGCUGGCUGUGAUACAGGACAACGACUUGCCGUAUCAGAGUGAGAGGGCGCGGCAGGCGUUUGAGCUGUUGCCUGAGAGUGCGCGGGGGAGGUAUUGGAAGGUUUUGAGGCAGCUUGAGGAGGUGAGGGUUGGAGAUUAG